AGAUCACUCUUUCAAAGUGGACGCGAUUCACACUUUGGGACCUGAGGGCACGAGGUGCGGCAACCUAACCCCGGUUUUCUCUCCUUUCCUCCGCCCCUCAACCUUCAUUUUUACACACCUCUAGUUGAAGAUGUACCGACUCCCCGGGUUGGUUCGGCAGCUGCGGCCCGCGUCUCGGCUGCUCGCGCCGGUCGCCAGACGAGGGUACGCCAAGGACAUCAAGUUCGGCGCUGACGCCCGGGCGCUGAUGAUCCAGGGUGUGGACCAGCUGGCAGAUGCUGUGGCUGUGACGCUGGGGCCUAAGGGUCGAAACGUCAUCAUUGAACAGAGCUGGGGCAGCCCGAAGAUCACGAAGGACGGCGUGACCGUUGCCAAGGCGAUAGAACUGAAGGACAAAUGGCACAACGUCGGAGCUAAACUUGUACAGGAUGUCGCAAACAACACAAAUGAGGAGGCGGGAGAUGGCACGACAACGGCCACCGUUCUCGCUCGCACGAUCGCCAAGGAAGGCUUCGAUAAGAUCAGCCGUGGUGGGAACCCCAUUGAAGUCAGGCAGGGAGUCAUGAUGGCAGUAGAUGUUGUUGUGGACUCCUUGAAGAAGAUGUCGCGAGCAGUCACCACCCCGGAGGAGAUCGCCCAGGUGGCCACCAUCUCUGCCAACGGGGACAAGGUCAUCGGCGAUCUCAUCUCCAACGCCAUGAAGAAGGUCGGACGCAAUGGCGUCAUCACAGUCAAGGACGGCAAGACGCUAUCUGAUGAACUUGAAAUUAUUGAGGGCCUGAAAUUCGACAGAGGCUACAUUUCUCCUUACUUCAUCAACACAGCGAAAGGCCAGAAGGUGGAGUACCAGGAUGCGUUUGUCCUGCUGAGUCAGAAGAAGAUCUCGUCUGUCCAGUCCAUCAUUCCCGCGCUCGAGAUCGCCAACCAACAGAGGAAACCGCUCAUUAUCAUCGCGGAGGACAUCGAUGGAGAAGCACUCAGCACACUAGUACUCAACAGGUUAAAGGUGGGUCUGCAGAUUGUAGCAGUGAAGGCUCCAGGUUUCGGAGACAACAGGAAAAACCAACUGGUGGACAUGGGCAUUGCCACAGGAGCUAUGGUGUUUGGUGAUGAAGCCAUGGAAGUCAAACUAGAAGACCUUCAACCACAUGACCUUGGUCAAGUUGGGGAGGUCGUGGUCACCAAGGACGACACGCUGCUCCUCAAGGGCAAGGGCAACAAGGCCGACAUCGAGAAACGAGCGGCACAGAUCGUGGAAGAACUUGAAGGAACGACGUCCGAGUACGAGAAAGAGAAACUAAACGAGAGACUUGCCAAGCUGUCAGAUGGUGUCGCAGUUUUGAAGAUUGGUGGCUCUAGUGAAGUGGAGGUUAACGAGAAGAAAGACCGUGUGAACGAUGCGUUGUGCGCGACGAGAGCUGCGGUAGAGGAGGGCAUCGUGCCUGGUGGUGGUACCGCUCUCCUGAGGUGUCUGCCUGCACUGGAUGGCAUUAAGUGUGAAAACAAUGACCAAAAAACUGGAGUUGAUAUAGUAAGACAGGCCCUACAGAUGCCCUGCUUCACGAUAGCCAAGAACGCAGGCAUUGAGGGCAUGCUGGUCGUGGAAAAGGUCAAGGCGAUGUCUGCGGACGAAGGCUUUGACGCGCUGAAGGGAGAGUACACAGACUUGAUAAAGGCUGGCAUCAUCGACCCCACAAAGGUUGUGAGGACAGCCAUAGUCGAUGCGGCGGGCGUGGCGUCUUUGUUGUCAACGGCAGAAUCCGUCAUCACAGAAAUUCCAAAGGAGGAUCCACCAAUGCCUGGUGGCAUGGGAGGCAUGGGGGGGAUGGGCGGUAUGGGGGGCAUGGGAGGAAUGAUGUAAAGAAAAAAAAAAAGAAAAACUGAACUAGGAAGAACAUUUUUUUCUUGUAAAGAAGGGGUUUUCUCAAGUUAUUCCAAUGUGGAUCCAAUUCUGAGGACAUCAUUUUAUACAUAGCUGGGAAAUAUUGUGUUCUGUGAAGAACUGUCAAAUCGUGGUUAGUUACUUGGAUACUGUGACCUCUGUAUGUUAUUGUAUGACCUUGACUUAGGAUCUCCUGCUCACUACAAGACUCUCAAAUCCGUCUAAAGACAACUCCAUAGAAGACUUGAGACCCAGAUGUCACAAAACGGGCUAACAACAUCACUGAGUGGUGAAUGGGGAAAAGAUUAUAGUAUAUUAACCAUCAAGAUGUGAAAUUAUUAACAAAAAUUUAAAAGUUUAGGUGUUAGAGAGGUAGCAUAUAACAGUAGUUGUAUGGAAGAGAGAUGUAUAAAUGUAAAUUUGAUGGAUCCCAUGCAAUUAUUAGAUUGGACCAUUCCUACUCUGCUAGCAUAUAUGGUGUGUUAGUCUAUAGUUGACUGUCCAUGGAGUGAAAACCAACAGCAUUAACACUUGGACAAGCUACUUGUGCCCUCACAGAUGUACAGAUCUUCAGGCUGCAUCAGUGUUUCAGCCAGCCUGAAAUUAUUCUGUCAUUUCAAUUUUGUUUAACAUAACAUCAUGUCAAAUCAAAUCUUGCCCCUUUAAGAUGCUGGUAAACUAAGCUUAGUUUGAUGUACAAAUGUAUAUCUUUACAUGCUGUUUUUUGUCUGUCAAAGAGAACGGAUUGGACACAAUUUUUGUCCGUCACGAGCUACAGAAUCCAGUCAAAUGACGGAAAGACAGCACUGGCUAGAACACUGGGCCACAUUAUAGCAACGAGCGUCAAAAUCUCCUUGCUUAUACAGGAGCUAGAACAUUUUCUGAAGACUGUACGCAAUCAUGUGACAAAAGUCGUAGGCCUGUAUUGUCCUCACCAUCAGUGCCCGUUACUUGUGUAUGAGUGCAGCAUGCAUCAUUGUUAGAUCAGUCCACCAUGAGAUGUAACAGAUUCUCUUCUCGUCCAAUAAAAGGUCUCGAAUUGUUA